UCUGCUUUAAUUUUCUUUCCUGCAUCUUCUUUUUCCCUUUCUCUUUUUGCUAGUUUAGUAUUCUCUCUGCCCCCUCUCUCUUUGCUAGACCAUUUCUUUCUCCAGUCUCCACCAUACAUGUUUCCAAAACAAUCCGUCUCUCUUUAUUAAAGCUAAAGAGCAAAGAGUAAAGAGAUCACCGAAGAAAGAAAGAAAGAGCAAAUUCAAUGGUUUUCUCUUCUCUUCCUGUCUAUUUAGAUCAAUCAAAUUUGCACCAGGUGAGUUAGCCGAGGUUCUUUAUCAAUUUAAUCAUUUCUCUUUAAUUCUCUCCCUUCAUGUCUAAGGAAGAUCUUUUUCAUCCCAACUCCAAAAAGAAGAUUUUAAAAUUGGAAUUCAAAUUUUUAUUCCUACUUGGAUUGCUUUCUAUAGAUCUUUAUACAUAAACUCUUUAAUUUUUUUGCUGAAUAUACUUGAAAUAUAUACUACUGCUCCAAUCCGUAGUCCGCACAUGUUGAAUUUCUUAUUGGAAGCCUUACAAUCAUCAAGAAUCUGGAGUUGAAAACCGUCAGAUAUCGACCCACCCACCACCUCCGCCGUCUCAGGUGGCUGGAGGUGGCAGGCAAGGCUCCAUCCGCCCUUGCUCCAUGGUGGAUCGUGCCCGGCUAGCGCGAAUUCCGAUGCCUGAAAACGGGUUGAAGUGCCCUCGGUGUGAUUCAACUAGCACCAAAUUUUGUUACUUCAACAACUACAACUUGAUGCAGCCUAGGCACUUCUGCAAGGCCUGCCGCCGCUACUGGACUAGAGGCGGCGCUAUGAGAAAUGUCCCCGUCGGCGGAAACUGCCGUGGAAGCAAGAGGAGUAAGGGUGGCGGAUCAAGAUCCGGGCAAGUCAAGGCCGCCAUCCCGGAGAAAGUAAGUGAAGUCGUUGACACCACCGGCGUGGGAAACGCUUCCGCCGCCGGGGGAGCAUGUCCCACUAGCUCCGGAAGCGUUGGAAUUCCCACCAACAUUUCUCAGCCGGUGCCGCUUGUCAAUGAUGCUUUUCAUCCAGCCGGCUUGAGCUAUUACAUUGAUAAUAUCGGCGGCGGCGGCUCGAGUGUGGGAAGCCGCUUCCAAACCCCACAGCUAGUCGGCGGCCCAAUUGGAAAUGGCGGGUUUGGUAUCUUUAAUAGCAGCAGUUUCAUAUUCACCGGAGAUGCGGAGCCGUGGAGGUUUAUGGAUUCUUUGGCCGGCUUCGAGCCGGCUCCGUCCACAAGUUUAGACCCCUUUCAAGUUGAAGGGUCGGGAAAAAUGGAAGAAAGUCAGGGGUUGAAUAGCAAUUCAACAAGGCCGUUUUUGGGUAGUAUGGGGAAUAACCAAUUCUGGGUUGGUUCCGACGGAGGAAGAAAGGCAUGGACUGGCGGCGGAUUUUCCGGCCAGUUCAACUGAUCUUCUUCAGUUCGGUCUUCAUCUUCGUCAGCCAGCCAUUUUCUGUGAUCUCAAAAGCUGGGUUUUACAAACCCUAAGCUAGCUGCAUGGAAGGGUUUAUAUAUUCGAAAGAUCAAUGACGAACAGCAUAUAAGUCCUCGUUCAACAUCAACAGAAUUAAAGUACGUCGAUUUCUAGUAGUUUGCCGGACUCUUCUAUAUUUUAUGUGAUUUUAAUUCGUUGUAAGUUAAGUACUCUUCGUGGUAAAAUUGUGGUAUCAUGAAGUUAGGUCGUUUGCAUGAACUCUGAUUUGAAGCCCUAUAUAUAAUUUGUGCAGUACUUUGUACCGACUUUCUUGUCGUUUUGUUUUAACAAUUUUUCACUGUGAUAUGUUCUCUUUAUAAGUUUGAUGGUGUAGUCCGAUCUCAACUACUAUAUCUAUUAAUACCCC